AUGGUCUCCGAUCCACUCCCAACAGUUGAACCUUUCCUCGGUGUCUAUGAAGAUACGCUUCGGUGGAAGGACGUCGCGGAGUCUGUGGUAUCCGAGGAGCUAUCAGCUACUAAGUACUGGGUCGGUGGGGGUCCUCAUGUUGUCCACGAGCUGAGCUUGCCAAAUGCACCAAAGACAAAGAGCACGGCGAAGGAGAGGACGGCUGAGCUUGCCAAGGACUUGUGCGGCCAGAUGCAAAGAUGGUUCCUGGCUUUUGUGGAGGAGGCACUGGAUGUGGAGAACAAGUGGAAGCACAGCAGCGACACACCGACGCUUCUCUCACAGUUCGAAAAGAUCAGAGACUGGUUGGAGCAGGUACAUCAUCAGAUCGUGGAGGAGGAGGAGUGGACCAAGGAGAUGAUCAAGCGCUUGAAGCACAGGAUCGAUAGGUCACAACUUAAGACGAUUAAAAGAGUGGGGUCCUGUGCCUCCGAGAACUCAGUCUCGUCGGUCUCAUCAGUGAGACCACCAUAG